AUGGCGUCUCCGGCUAUUCGUAAGGCUAUCUCGGAGGCCGCUCUGAAAUAUGUGAAACCGGAUGGAAAAGUUUUCGAAUAUGGCACCGCAGGGUUUCGCAUGAAAGCCGACCUCCUCAACACCGUAGUCUUCGCUGUAGGCCUUCUCGCUGGUCUUCGUUCGAGGAAACUGAAUGGGCAAUGGAUUGGUGUUAUGGUUACUGCCAGCCACAACCCGGCGGAUGACAAUGGAGUCAAGCUGAUCGAUCCCAUGGGUGAAAUGCUGGAAGCUGAAUGGGAGGCAUAUGCUACGAAACUCGCAAACGCUCCUCUUGAAAACAUUGGAGAUGUCUACGACGAACUGAUCAGGGAGAUUGAUAUCAAAAUGGACAAUCCUGCUCGUGUGGUCUUUGCACGGGACACUCGCGCGUCUGGCUCUCGCCUUGUCGGUGUUCUGAAUGUUGCGCUUAGUGCGACGAACGUGGAAUUCAUCGACUUCAAAUACUUGACGACCCCGCAGCUUCACUACAUUGUUCGCUGCAAAAACACUUUGGGUACACAGUACGAAUACGGCGAGCCCACUGAGCAGGGUUAUUAUGAGAAACUUGCGGAAGCUUUCAAGAGGGUUAUGAAGGGUGCGAAAGUCCAGGGAUCUCUUACUGUCGAUUGCGCCAACGGUGUUGGUGGCCCCAAGCUGCGGGAGCUUAUCAAAUAUCUCCCACCUGCAGACCAAGGAGGUAUCGACAUCAAGGUCGUCAACGACGAUGUCAUUAACCCUGACAGCCUGAACUUUGAAUGUGGCGCGGAUUUCGUCAAGACAAAGCAACGCGCUCCGCCAUCGUCCAAGGCAGCACCGCUCGAUCGUUGCGCCUCUCUGGAUGGAGACGCCGAUCGCCUGAUCUACUACUUCAUUGACGAGAACAACGUCUUCAGACUUUUGGAUGGAGACCGCAUUGCAACCCUGGCCGCUUCUUUCAUUGGUGAUCUGGCCCGCAGUGCCGGAAUUGCGCAGAAGCUGAAGAUCGGCGUCAUCCAGACAGCAUAUGCAAACGGCUCUAGCACUGAUUACAUUGAGAAG